AUGGAACCGUGUCUAAUUGAUAUCAACAAGGACUUGCAGUCAGGUGUGUCGAAGAUCAAAGAGGGCUGGGUGUCGGUGAACCUGGGUGUUGGCGCGUUCAGGUCGCUGUCUGGAUGGCAACCCCGCUGGUGCGUUGUGCGCCGCGGCGAACUCCAUUUCAAUCGAACCGACGACGAAACGCAGGGCGAGGAAACUUCUUCGGUCACCACAAUCUGCACAAAAUCGAUCAUAGCGGAGUCCAGUAACAAGAACAGAGCGUGUAGCUUCGAGGUGAUUGAUAGUACCGGUUCUUCUAUCGAAAUCAGCUGCCAGACUCGUCCACAAAUGGAGGACUGGAUUGACUCAAUAAAAUCUGCUAUUCCAAAGGGUGGUGCCGCUCACACUUGGUAUAUUACUUCCCAUGGCAAGCCAAUGUUCUGCAAUGUUUGCGAGCACAUUAUCAAUGGGCUGAAACAAAAAGCGUUGAGCUGCGAAGUGUGUAAAAUAAAAGUGCACAGAUCGUGCGCCACCGAGUGCGUGCAGGAGUGCAAAUGGCGCACAAUCGAACAGGUCAAAGUCGUCGAAUCCAAAAGUGGCGAGACAUAUCAACAACACCAGUGGCUAGUGGGGAAUAUUCCAGUCAAUUCCAAAUGCACUGCUUGUAAAAAAGCCUGCGGAUCAAUUCUGAGGUUAUCAGAAGACAGGCGGUGUCUCUGGUGUCGCGAAAUAUACCACUCGCAAUGUAUUGGUGCCAAUUUGAGAUGCUCAUUUGGGCUCAAUUCAAAUUCAAUUUUGAAACCGCUUGCGCUCUCCGAAUAUGACAAAGAAGAGGACGUUUGGCGUGCGAGUAAUUGUACCAAAACGCCCAAGCCGAUGCUCGUUUUCGUCAACUCCAAAUCCGGCGACAAUAAAGGUGUCCAAUUUCUGCGAAGAUUCAGACAGCAUCUCAAUCCGGGACAAGUUUAUGAUUUGAUGCGCGCUGGACCGCUGCCCGGACUUAAUGUUUUCCAGAGAUUAGACAAUUUCCAAGUUCUUAUCUGCGGUGGCGAUGGAAGUAUAAGCUGGGUGCUCGGCGAAAUGGAUCGGCUAGGACUUACGCCAAAGACGCAAGUCGGAGUUCUACCUCUGGGAACGGGAAAUGAUCUUAGCCAAGUUCUCGGAUGGGGUGACGUUUUCAAUGACGAUACAAAAGUGCCAACUUUGCUGGAAAGAUACGCUUGCGCAAAAACGAAAAUGCUCGAUCGAUGGUCGAUAAUGGUGUACGAAGGCAUUUUGCCAGAUCUCCCCCAGCAAAUGUUCGACAAACACGAAGAUGAAAAGGAAAAAGCAAUAGAACAGAAGAUAGGCAAUCAAAUCGCUAAUAUAAUCAAUUCAACAGAUCCUGAGAUAGUGUUGAAGGCUUCAAGUGACCUUAUCCGCAUCGCCAAGCAUGUUUUGGACAUAACCGCAGAAAGAUCUGCAGAAUUCGCGCAGCGUGACACGGAGACAUUAUCAAAUAUCAAUUUAUUGCGGCAAAAGCUGAAUGGAUUAGAAGAAGCGUCAUCAUUUUCCGAUAAUGUGCAUUCAAAAUUCAACGAGAACUCGAAAAACAAUCUGAUGAACCGAGCAAACUCGGUGAAAAACGCGGUGAAAAACGUUCUCGAUAAAGCCGUCAAGUCGAAGAAAAAUGAUAAAAAUCCAACUAGAAAGAAUCCCAAAAUCUCGCCCAGAAUCAAAAGCCGACCAGUUCGAAGAGAAACGUCUGAUGAAACAUCGGACCAGCCUAAUCUCCAGACUUUUCUUGGCCUGAAUGAUUUCAACGAGAGAUAUGUGAUGAACAACUAUUUUGGAAUCGGAGUUGAUGCUAAGAUCGUCCUUGAUUUUCACCAUUAUCGUGACAAAAAUCAGAAAAACUGCGGGCGGAAUCUAAAUAAACUCUCCAUGACACUCUUCUCGGCCAACGAGCUGCUGAAACAAUCACAUAAAAAACUAAAUAAGAAAAUUCGACUCUUCUGUGAUGAUAAAGAAAUCAACCUGCCAGAUCUUCAAGGUGUUCUAGUUCUUAAUAUACCGUCUUAUGCUGCUGGAAUCAAUUUUUGGGGAGACAAGUCCGGAGGACAGUCUUUCGUUACUCCCUCAUACUCUGAUCGAUUGAUCGAAGUUAUUGGAAUCUUCGGCGUCUUUCAACUUGGAAUGUCUCAAGCCUUCCUGGGCUUGCCCCAACGCGUUUCUCAACGACAUCGCAUCGCUCAGUGCUCCUCCCUAAAAAUAAUGAUCAAAGGAAGCGACCCAAUCCCGGUUCAAGUCGACGGAGAGGCCUGGAUGCAAAACCCCGGCAUCAUCAAAAUUGAACAUAAAAAUCGUGUACAAAUGCUUGCCCGCGAUGUUAACGCGGAACUGAUGCUGUCUGAGACUGCGCUUUCUGUUGAAGAGAUCAAUUCUUUCGCUCUGUUUGCCUCUGAAAUGCUUGCCUGUAUUGAAAGCUCUGAUGAAUUUGGAAGAGAUGAAUUGAGCGAAGAAAAGGACAAAAUCGUCGAUUUCUUAGAUACGAUUCAAAUCAACAAACUCCCAAUUCGAUAUGACGUGAUCAACACACUAAUUGAAGUUGUUGACUCUCUCUGUUCCUCCCCAAGUAUAGCCAGGGAUCGAAAGGAUGACAUUCGUUCCAAAUUCGAGCGACUUGGAGAAAUCUCCUGGUUCCGGAUUUCAGUAGAGCGACAUAAUAUCUCCAAGCCUCAGCGGCCAACAGUCAUCUCGCGAUUCCUUCACCCAAAAAGAUCGAAUAGAGAUAGUUUAUACAACGAAAUGUGUAGGCUUGACCUUCCUUUUGACAUUCGGACAUGGAACGAGGAUUCUGUGCGCACAUGGGCUGAGAGCUUGAAAAUAUCCAAGCAGUCUGCAAAGAUGUUUAGCGAGAAUCACGUGAUUGGAUCCGACUUGAUCUACUUUGAUUCCAAGGAUCUGAAACAAAUGGGAAUUAGCGGAGAGGACCUGCGCCGCCUUAGCGACGAAAUUAGCGAGCUACGGAGAUUACACCAGCGCCAGAUGAAAUCAAAAUCAACGUCUGACCUGCCCUCUUAA